AUGGGACUGCGGCUGCUUCUGGUCACUCUCCUCCUUUCUUACUCCUUCCUCCUUGCCAAGGGCUCAUUUGGGGUAAUAGAAAGGGACUUGGAAGCUGGGGACAAAGUCAAGGAAGGAGCUCGGGAAGCAGAGGUGUUCAGAGAAGCUGCAGCUGUACAGUGGUCAUGCCAGUUAGAAGAGACUGGAGCUGGGUGUGUGGUCUUCCCACAGGAGGUCAGGGAGUCUUGUACCCAGAGCCAGAGGUGCAAAACUGAUUGCUGCCGCCGGGAAUGGGAGACCUCCACCUGUGCUUCCUACUGCUAUGAGAAAGGGUCGGAGGGCAGCUCCUGUCACACAGAGACAUUCUUCGGCCUGUAUAAUGAGUGUCCCUGCCAGCCGGACCUGACUUGUGAAUUCCCCAAGAACCAGAAGUCCUUUAAAAUCAUAUAUGGCCGAUGUAGGAAAAUGAAAAGAAAGCCUCGAACUAACAAGUUGAUCUUCUAAGUCUCCAUCGUCCUUACCUUCUCCCCUACCUUCUGGCACCCUUUCUCUGCCCCACCGAGAACUGGGUGUUCCAGCCCAGAGCCUCCUCCCACAGAGGCACUCUCACUCUUUUGCUGCUCCUGGAACUGGGAGCAGGGGACAAGGUUUUGGGAGGUGAGAGUAGGAGAAGAAUGCAGAGAUAAAUGAAAAAGUAUGCAAGGAUUUCUCUCCAAUAAUACCUCACAUGCCUGGAGAGGGAAUUGAUGAUUGAGUUCUUUGGGGAGACUUCAUUUUACAGCCCAGAAAGAGUUCAGAAUAAAAAGUCUGUUCUUAAAUA